ACUGAGUGGGUCCAGUCUGUGUUCAGGUACGCUGGAGAUGAAAGACGUUGGAAUGUGGAGACCAGUGGAAGCCUCUCAAUGGACCCUGAAGGCAGCAGGUCUUUUCUGUCUAUAUCUACGCUGUGGCACUGCUGUUUCUGUAGGAGAGAGAGGGUACUCACACAGACCUGUGUGGUUGAUUGAAUCUGACUGUGUUCGGUCUGGAAUUGAUCUAAGGGAGUGUCUAAUAUUAUCGACGUCUUCCUCCAUUCUGAAUCUCAUCUGCUCAGAUGUGCUGGUUCAGCCAAAUAUCUCUGUGUCUUCUUCCAUGGAUGGGGUCUUCCAGGACCAGCAGCAGAGGUUUCAGGUGUCUAAGGGCUCCAACUUAACCAUCACCUGCUCUGUCCAGCCACAGUUCCCCGGAGGGUCCUUCCAGCUCAGAUUUACUUCCUCCAGCACGGCAUUCAACUACUCCCAGCCAGCUGUCAAUCACUCGGCACACUUUCUGUUUCCUGCUGCAGAGCCCGCCCACCAAGGAAACUACAGCUGUGUUUAUCACGUCUACACGUUUUCCCUUAACUUCUCCUCCGAGAGCCGUGUGCUGUCUGUCGCUGUCCCGGAUCCAACAGCUCUUAUCAUCAGAGGGGUUGUCGUGCCGCUGACUCUGCUGGUGGUGAACGUCGCCCUUUAUUUCUACUGUAAGGCCACCAGGGGGCAGAGGCCGAGCAGGCAGCAGAACAUGGAGCUGGUUGACUGUAACCUUAAUGUAUCUGCAGCAGAAGAAGGGCUGGAUGAAAAGGAAGGAGCCCAGGGAGCAGAGUAGGAUGUCCACGGAGCCCACCUCAUGUCCACAUGAGUGACUGACAAUCGCCCUAGUUGCUGAUUUUUCAGAUAAAGUAAAACAAUAAGGCUGAGAUUAUUCUGUAGCUUUCUUAUUCUCACCAUAUGUUGGAAGUACUGGGUAUCGGAAACUGGUUCCACCUUAAAAUGGGUUCAAAAAGUCUGAUCCUAAACUAAUCAUGAGGAAAAUGCGUUUAAAAAUAAAAUAAAAUAAAAUAAUGUAUCAGUUCCUAACCAAACUUUACUCAUGCUAGAAUGAAAAAGCAGUGCAGCACAAGCACCUGUCAUGUAUCUACUAUCUGUCUGCGGUGUUUUCGUGCAAAUCGAUGGCAUGUGCGUCUUCCAGUCUCCUAAAUCAUGACUCUAGCAUUGUUCUCAGUGAACCUACUCGGUCAUAGAGUUGUUUGGUUAGCAGGUUAACAGAAUGAGUAGUGUGGGCGUCUUGUGACAAUGCCUUUAAUUUAGCAAAUGCUUCAAAAUACUUUGGGAUUGGACGGUGGCAUUGCUACAGUGAACCCCAAAAUACUAAAGAAUCCAGAAAACAGACUAUGUUAUCUGGCCCUGUGUUUCUGCUGGUACGAUUUAUGAAGAAUGUAGGAGGAUGCUGUAGUAACAUUAGUCUUUUUGUCCCCUCUGUGACAAUUAACUAAUUUGCUUAUUGGGGCUCGAUACAGUUGACUGAAGGUACUUACUGCCCCGUAUACAACAUGCUGAUAAGUGUAUACUCACUCGGGGAGACUCGCUUCACAACAAUCCCACUAGUCUACAUUUCCACCUUCUCUAAAGGGGAUGUGCGCUCAAGUUGUGGGUGUGUGACUGGUUAAAAAACAGUAAAUAGAAUAAUAAUACAUUUUAGUAUUAGCCAUUAAACAUAGAUUGCCAGUGUAGUACUCAGAUCCAUCACUCAGUUAAAAGUACCAAUACUACAAUGUAAAACUAAGUAUAAUUAGGGCAAUGUACUGUGACAUUGAAAGUAAAAGUAUUCAAUGCAGAAGACGUCUCCUAUAACCCUGUCUCUUAUAUCAGGACUUUAUUAUUGCUCAAGCAUUGAUGUUAAAGCAGGAUUUUACUGUAAGCCCGACUGCCUGCCACUCAAAGAAUGGGAUCAGGAAUCAUUAAGAAGCAGAAUCAAUCAGCAGAAUCUGAAUCGUAAAAAAAGUAGAAAUGAUACCCAGUGCUAUAAGUCUGUGCAUCUCUCUGUACCUUCUAAUUUCCCUGCCUUGUCUAUGUGCUCUCAGCUCUUCGCCCAUUGUUUCCUCCUGAAGAUGGUAAAUAUGAAUACAGGUGACUGAAAUGACUUUGCUCCGAACAAUAAAAUCCUGAUUAUCAAAUAAUAUAAAUAGGACCAAAAGUUAAAGCCUCAUUUGAUUUUGGAUCACAGGACUUUGUUACUUUGUUGCUAUUUAUGAAACAUUUUAUAAUAUUUGAUUAUAAUUUGUAAUGAAGAAAUUAUCUUGUUUUGCAAUAAUUGAUUAUUCUUAUUAUUAUUGAAAAAACAACUCAGUUUUGUAAUUAUGGAUUUUUCCCCUUUUUAAAAAUAAUUUUGCUUAAAUUUUAUGUAAAGAAUUCGUCUAAUGAUUAUACUUUUACAUUAGAGUGUUUUGUACAAAAAUUUAUUUGUUUUGCGAUUAUGGAUUUUGCUUAUUUUGUACAAAAUAAAAAUAAUAAAAACAUUUCAUACU